UACCAAUUCGUCUCGCCAUGUUUGCCAGACAGGUAUUCCGCCCGGCCAAGGCGCUGCACCAGCAAGUCCGCCGAUAUGCAUCUGAGCCCCCAAAGAGCGGCGGUAACAAUGGCGUACUGUACAUGGGAAUUGGCGCUGCUGGUCUCGCCGGUGCCUACCUGUUCAUGAGGGGUGGAGAUUCGCCAUCAGGACAGAAGGGCAGGGCACCACCUUCAGCGGAGGCCAACAAGAUUCCCUCUUCGACCGACGGCCCCGUCAAGAAGGCUUUCACUGGAGGCGAUCAAGGCUUCCUGUCGCUUGUCCUGGACAAGUCCGUAAUCGUCAACCACAACACGAAGCUGCUUAGCUUCAAGCUGCCCGAGGACGACAUGGAGAGCGGCCUUCCUGUAGCUUCUGCCGUCAUCACCAAGUACAAGGGCCCCGAGAUGCAAAAGCCCGUCAUCCGUCCGUACACUCCCAUCAGCGAUGUAGACCAGAAGGGCACGGUCGAUUUCAUCAUCAAGGCAUACAAAGGUGGCCCCAUGUCGGAGCACAUGCACAGCAUGGAGCCUGGGCAGCGACUGGACAUCAAGGGACCUAUUCCGAAAUUCCAGUGGCAGGCAAACAAGUUUGAGCACGUUGCCAUGAUUGCCGGUGGUACGGGCAUCACACCCAUGUGGCAAACAGCACGACACAUUUUCCGCAACCCCGAGGACAAGACCAAGGUGACGCUCAUCUACGGCAACGUGACGGAAAACGACAUUUUGCUCAAGCGCGAGUUGGAGGAGUUGGAAAACACGUACCCCCAGCGAUUCCGGGCUUUCUACGUGCUGGACAACCCGCCUGAGUCGUGGCAGGGAGGCAAGGGAUUCAUUACCAAGGAGCUUCUCAAGACGGUCCUUCCGGAGCCCAAGGAGGGAGAGAAGAUCAAGCUGUUUGUUUGCGGGCCUCCGGGCAUGUACAAGGCCAUCAGUGGAGGCAAGAAGAGUCCAUCUGAUCAGGGCGAGCUCGAGGGCUACCUGAAGGAGCUUGGGUACAGCAAGGACCAGGUGUACAAGUUCUAG